AUGCAUCCAGUCCUAAAGGCCUUCGUGUGUGGCUCCAUCAGUGGGACGUGCUCCACACUCCUCUUCCAACCCCUUGACCUGCUGAAAACCCGCCUGCAAACUCUGCAGCCUGCUGUGAAUGGGUCUGGUCGUGCUGGGAUGGUGACGCUGCUCUUUAGGGUUGUUCGUACUGAGAGUCUUCUGGGGCUCUGGAAAGGUGUCUCUCCAUCCUUUGCAAGAUGUAUUCCUGGCGUGGGGAUUUACUUCAGCACUUUGUACAUGAUGAAGCAAAAGUUUCUAGCGGACCGUUCACCCACAGCCCUGGAGUCUGUCUUUCUGGGUGCCACUGCACGUGCAGUAUCUGGGAUUUGCAUGUUGCCAGUGACUGUAGUGAAGACGCGAUAUGAGAGUGGAAGAUUUGGCUAUGGGAGUGUAUAUGGAGCUCUGAAGAAUAUCUAUCAGACGGAAGGGGCUCGUGGCAUGUUCAGCGGGCUCACCGCAACGCUGCUGCGGGAUGCGCCCUUCUCUGGGAUCUACCUGAUGUUCUACACGCAGACCAAAAACUUCACACCUCAGGACCAGCUGGAUCCAAUGCUCAUGCCCUUGCUGAAUUUUGGCUGUGGGAUCUUUGCGGGAAUCUUGGCCUCACUGGCAACACAGCCUGCUGAUGUCAUCAAAACACACAUGCAGCUGUCCCCAAAAAAGUACCACAGGACAAGCCAGGCCAUUGCCUUCAUCUACAAGGACUUCGGGUUGGUUGGCUUUUUCCGAGGUGGUGUGCCCCGUGCCCUCAGGCGGACUCUGAUGGCAGCAAUGGCAUGGACAGUGUAUGAACAGAUGAUGGAAAAAAUGGGCUUGAAAUCUUGACUGUCUUGCACAAGAAAUGACCAAGCUUCACUCCUCCUGCUUGCCGUGAUCAGCUGGCACUAGGAAGUUCCCAGUUCCACAGAGGAAUAAGCCUUGCUCAGCCAGGAGGAAGAAAGCCCUUCUGAGACAGGGGAUUAGGCCUUUUGACAAGUAGAGGAAAAAAGGAUCGGAUCUUUGCGUCAUUUGAUCAGUGCCUUCCAGAAGGACUGCAUUUGCGGACUGCCACGGGAAAUGGCAGCGUUUCCACAGCCUGGUGACUACGCUGAGAGCAAAGCCCCUUUUAAAAAUAGUUCUGUGCUCACCACCUUUAUGCAAUGAGACACCGCUGAGCAAAAGCGUUUGAGGAGAAAACAGUGAUUGCAGAACCUGCCAGCCUGUUCCUUGCUGGUCUGGCCAGUAAGGCCACAAUGACUCACCGCCUGAUGUAGAUCCUCCUUCCGCAUACGCUUUGUUCUCACAGGGGAAUGUUGCAGACCACGGUGGGAGACUGGAUGUGUGCUUCUGUCGCAGGAGUGGGUGGAAGAGAAAUGGAAGUGCUGAAGGAAAGCUA